UCUUGUACUCAUUGCCUUUCCGAUAUCAUGAGUUACGAACUUUCUACUGAAACGUGUUAAACACCCCGAAAGGGAUGACAGAGGAAUGACAUCAACAUCGCCACCGGCAAUGGAGCCACCGGAAUGUCCGGUUUGCUUGCAAUCCUACGACGGCGACUCUGCAAUUCCACGCGUACUCGGGUGUGGACAUUCAGCGUGCGAGACAUGCCUCGCACACCUUCAUCUCCUCCGCCCUCUUACCCUUCCGGACACCCUGCGUUGCCCAUCUUGCACUCAGCUCGUCAAGUUCCCCCAUGCGCAGGGCCCCACUGCUCUCCCCAAGAACAUCGACCUUCUCCGUUUCUCUCUCCUCCUUCAAGAACAAGACCCCAACUCAAAACCCCUAAAGGAAAAUGCCAACAUCCCGCUACUCAAUGUCAAUUCCUCUCCAAGACAUCGUUUUCCGCCGCGAAUAUGGUCGGAGGAGCUAUAUGCUGCUUGGAAGGACUGGAUUCUUCCCGAUGGUGCGGUUUCGACGGAGGAUGGAUUGGUUACUACUACUGGUAGGAUUAGAAUUAGUUCUACUUUUAUGAAUUUGAGUUUGCCGUCCGCAAUUAUGCGGUGUCAUUUAGUCGAAAAUCAGGUGGUGGGUCUUGUUAAAAUCGGACAGUUUGAGUUGAAUGAUCAAUUGUUGGAGUACAGCUAUAUGGGCAAAAUUAUGAGUAUUGUAAGUCAGAUGAAUGUUGAUAAAAGAAACGAAAUAAGUUCCCUCCUGAGGAUUUCGUUGAGAAAUUCCAGAGUGUGCAAUGUUCUUGGGUUGUGGCUUGAUAUGGAAAAUGAUGGGUCUCUAUAUUUAGUUACUCAGAAAAUGAAUAAUGGGUUAUUGAAUCUGGAGUCGUCGGGGUAUGGGAUUGAUCAAGAUAAUGCGGACUGGGGUUCGUUGAUGGGGACAAUUGGUGUUGAAUUAUGUGAAGCUUUGAUCCGUUUGCAUUUGGAAGGCUUUGUUUGUGGUUGUUGGGGUCUGUCUUGCGUUUUCUUUGAUGAGUUUGGGCAUGUUUGUGUUGACAUAGGUGAGGCCUUGGUGAUAGGAAGGAAGUUUCGUGAGUGUUUUGUGGAGGAAGGCAAAGGUGGGCGUGUAAUCACUGGCUCUGAGGCUCAAGUACUAAUUCAAAAGAUGUUGAACAUGGGUGCAUUUGUGAGCCCUGAAGUGUGGAUGGAGUUGCUUGGUAGGGAAAAUUUUGAGGUAGAGAAGAAUGAUGUUAGUUAUACAGUUAGUUAUGGAUCAGAUGUCUGGUUAUUAGCCUGUGUUUUGAUAAUUCUUCUUAUUGGGAAUAAGUUUCUUUUAGAGAUGUACAAUUACUUGACAACUGUUUUUCAAGGAAAGAACGAGGAGCUUUCUGGGUAUAAGAUCAUGUAUCUUCAGUGGGUAGAAACUGUAAAUGCUAUGUUGGAGCCGUCACUGGGUAGUGAUUAUUCAUCAGUGCACGAAGUUUUGCUCAAAUGCUUGGCUUUUGAUCCAAGUACUAGACCACUUGUAACGGAUGUCUGGAAGUGUAUCAAAGGAUUGAAAUUGUACCAUUCUAUUAAUCAUGUCUCCGUUAACAGUCAAUCCAUGACGGAGAAUGUUGGCCAAUGCUUGGUUUUGGGAGAGUUGUGCAAUAUGUCAAAUGAUGUAAGAAAUGAAACAAGAUUCUCCGAAAAACAUGAUGAUUGCAAACUGAACCUUAGUCUGGAGGGGAAAAUUACAGUAGAUAAUGUUGUUGAUGGAGUAUCUGCAGGUAAAAUUCAAUGUAAGGUUUUGCAAGGCCAUCUGGAUUCUAUAACAGGAUUAUGUGUUGGAGGUGGGUAUCUUUUCAGCUCUUCAUUUGAUAAAACAAUCAACGUGUGGUCUUUGCAGGAUUUUAUGCAUGUGCAUACCUUUAGAGGUCAUGAGCACCGAGUUAUGGCCUUGGUCUUUGUAAAUCAAGAAAAGCCCUUGUGCAUCAGCGCCGACAGAGGAGGUGGUAUAUAUGCCUGGGAAAUAAAUGAAACUUUGGCUCAAAAACCCUUGAAGAAAUGGUAUGAGGAAAAAGAUUGGCGUUAUAGUGGCAUUCAUGCCUUAGCUGUUUCUGAAUGUGGUUGUCUCUACACUGGAAGUGGCGACAGGUUGAUAAAAGCUUGGUUAUUGAGGGAUCAUACCCUAUUGUGCAGUAUGGAAGGUCAUAAAUCAGUGGUAUCUACCCUAGCAUUGUGCAACGGGGUCCUUUACAGCGGAAGUUGGGAUGGAACCGUUCGAUUGUGGUGUCUUCAUGAUCAUAGUCCUCUAGCAGUAUUUGGUGAAGACGUUCCUGGGACCAUGUCAUCUGUGCUCUCUCUCUUUGCUGAUCAAAAUAUGGUCAUUGCCGGGCACGAGAAUGGUUGUAUGAAGAUAUGGAUGAAUGAUGUAUUAAAAAUAUCAAUAAAAAUCCUUAAUGGGGCCAUUUUCUCCCUUGAUAUGAAUGGUAAAUCGCUUUUUCUUGGGGGAUUGAACCAGACUGUAAAAGUCCAGGAGAUAGCAGGAGCUGAAUCUGAAAUGAAUGUUAUAGAAGUUGGAUCAAUUGCUUGUGAUUCUGUCAUAACAGCUAUAUUGUGUGUGCAAGGGGUUCUGUUUGUUGGAUGUGCUAACAAAUUGAUCAAGGUGUAUCAUUGUGGCGCAUGAUCGAAAGUUCGAAACUUGAAGCACCAUCGAUUUGGAUAGAGGAUGAAUUACGGAAUACAUUUUUCUUAUGUAAUUAUUGUAUUUGUCCAGAGCAUAUAGAAAGGGAAGUAGAAUGAAACUGGGAUGCCUUUUUCUCGAGUUCCAUUACCAAGCUAGUUCUUGUUUGACAUGCUCUUACACAGGCGUGUAAAUAGUGUACAUAAAUUGUCUUUCACAAAUUACUAAUAAUACUGUGCUCUGGCUUUUCUAGGUUAAUUAUGAUGGAUGUACAUAUUAGAAUUAUAAAUAUUUGUACAUAUGAUGGAUGUACAUAUUAGAAUUAAUCUUUCAACAGAAUGUAACAAUUACUCUUUCAAGAUUAA